GUUUUUUUUUCGUUGUUUUUGUUUAUGAGAAAAAUUAAGAAAAAGUGGAUAAAGUUAAGCCAAAUGAAGAGGAAAUGCGUCAUCUCGCAAAGUACUCGCCUCUGAAAUCUCGCUCUAAGGCGAUGAUCUUGGCUUCGUCUAUCGUGUCGAAUUCUUUCAUCCGAAAAUAUGGCAUAUUCGCAGUAGUUUUGUGUUUGGGUCUGGGUUAUCUCUACUACACUAGAGUGCUGUACCAAACUUACAUCUACAACACGCUUCCGAUGUACCAGAAAAGCCUAAAAUUGAAACUAAGUAGGCACAACCACAGCAACUCUAAUGACAGAUGGCAACCGAUUGGUGAUCCCGAGAAUCGAUUGCAAAUUUACUCAGCCUUCUUUGAUCCCCGAUUGGAAAUUGUUGAAACAUUUCCGGCGACGGAUUCCAAACUGCCGUUUGGAAGUGUGCGCAUCUUUACAAUUCUACCACUUAACAUAAGACGAAGAGAUUUUUAUUGCUAUUUCCGUUACCACAAUGGCGUCAUCCGAUGGCAGCAAGCCGACCAGGUGGAGGCAAUCCACGAGCACUUCGAGAUGCCAUUCGCCGCCUCCUAUGUUGUUUGUGCCCUGACCGGCGAAGUCGGGCAACAGGAAAUCGAGCUUCCCAGCGAAGUUGGCGUCAGCUACGAUCCGAAGGCUGAACUGAGCGAGGAAGUCAACUUUGUUCAAAUUCACUACCCCCGGGAACGUUCCCCACUGGAUCUUCUGAGUCGGGGUCCCCCAGAACGGGGUCUGGCCGUGUGCGUCGGUCCAGCUCAUCACAACUACAGCAACGCGGCCCGGAUUGUGGAAUUUGUGGAACUGUGGCGGCUGCUCGGGGCCGAACGGUUUUAUUUCUACAAUAAAUCCAUCACCCCGGACGUGGCCCGAGUGAUGAGCUACUAUCAGAACUUCCGCGGCAUUGCCCAAGUGCAGGAAUGGAAUCUGGAGGGCUACGAAUUCGAGAAGGAAGUCCGCUACGAAGGGAUCUUCGCCGCCCUUAACGACUGCUUGUACCGUGCCACCUGGGAGGGAGAUUUUCGUUACGCGGCCAUGGUCGAUUUUGAUGAAGUUAUUUUCGGUUUUGACCAGAAAACCCUGGUAGAAAGUCUGAACCAGCUGGAUCGCUUCAAUCUACACUCAUUCAACUACGCGGCCGUAUUUUUCUAUGAUUUCUUCGAGGAAGACUUCCCUCCACAAUCACGCUCGUCCAAGAACAGUUACUUGUAUUCACAGGUACGGAAUCUUAGGACCCAAAUCCCACUAAUGCAUCACAAUCGCAGCAAGUACGUGGCCAAAGGGCGGAACGUCAUCGAGGCUGGAAACCAUUUUGUCUGGAAAGCAGUUAGAGAUUCAAAAGAAUAUCAAGUACCUGAGGCUGAAGGUCUUUUGUUUCACUAUCGGGACAAAUGCGUGGGGUAUGGCUGUGAUUCUUACAAGAAAGACAAUCGAGCUCGUCGAUUCGAUCGGAUUUGGCAGCUGGUGGAUGGUGCUUGUGGGGAGAUUUUCCCUGAUAAAGAUGGACGCUGUCCCAGGGAAAAUGAUGAGAAUUGACGGAAAUCAACUAGUAAUGCUAAACUCUAUUAGGAAAAUGUAACUACUUACUUAAGAACUCUGUUAAUUUGAUGAGAU